AUGCGAAUGUUCUCCAGAUCCUGGAAACUUCCUUGGCUAUCUCCGCCGCCGUGGCGGUCUUCAAAGUCGCUUGACUUAGAAGAGGAACAUGGCAUGCUUGAGUCACAACAAAGAGAACGUAUCUUGAGCCCCAACAAGGAUGAUACCUCAGUUCAGAGAGCCUGGGUUGCAAGAAACGUUCCAAAAGCUAUCAUCAGCCUGAUGCUUUUUUUCAUGCCUAGCUUCUUUCGAUCUCAUGGCAAUACUGGCGAACAGUCUCGCAAUGGCGAUGCGUCUACUUCGGCACUCGACGGGCUGCGUGGCUACGCGGCUCUGGCCGUUAUGAACUAUCAUCUCUUAUACGCAUACCAGCCUUUUGUUUUCUAUGGCUACGGUCUCUCCGAAAGUUCUGCUAUGCAAUUCUUUUUCGUCCUUUCUGGAUUUGUUCUCUCCUAUAAGCCACUGGUACAAUCUCGAGAUGCAUCUUCUGGCUUUACCAAGGCAGUCAAGUCUAUGACCUCCUGCUUCUUUCGUCGUCCUGUCCGUUUAUAUGGACCACCAAUUGUCGCCAGCUUCAUCACCAUGCUCGCGAUACAGCUUGGUGCUUACGAACAUGGCCGCAAGAUAGCCUACAAUCCUAAAUGGGUCCCCCUUUUGCAUUGGCUUGAUCAAUCAUGGAGAAUGCUCUAUGUUUUCUGGUGGGGAGAUCUUCACAAUCGCUACGAUGUGCAUUUAUGGACAAUACCUGUAGAGUUUAGAUGCUCGUUAGCUAUCUUUCUCAUUCUACCGGUGUAUAUGAUACUUCGGUCAACCAUCCGAGUAUUUUUGAUGAUUAUCCUGAUUGUCUAUGUGUAUGCGCUUGAUCGUUGGGACGUGGCACUGUUUUUCUCUGGACUUUUGAUCGCCGAUACCGCUAUUGCAUCAAGAACAGACGCAAUGUCCUUGAACAUCAAGAAGCCUGGUCGAAAUUGGCCCGUAGUGGCCAUGAAGGUGCUGCUACUGAUAGGCAGUCUUUGGCUAAUGUCAGCUCCAGAUUUCUGUGUCAUGGAGACUCCAGGGUUUCAACUCUUGGGCUGGUUGAUUCCACCAUCAGAUCCAGCGCCAAAUCGUUUUCUGCCAAAUCUUGGCGGUAUCCUUCUUGUCUCUCUGCUCACUCACACUGAACAGAAUAACGCAGCUAUCUCAUGGUUUCUCAAUUCAUCCAUACCACAAUAUCUUGGCCGCAUAAGCUACAGUCUUUAUAUUGUUCAUGGGCCUUUGAUUCACACUGUUGGAUACGCGGUUUUUCCGUUCUUCUGGACAGUUUCUGGGACGGAUGAGGUUUGGAGAUAUGUCAUUGGGUUCAUAUCGGGAUAUUUGGUUCUGUUGGGAGUGGUGCUUUACGUUUCUGAUAUAUUUUGGAGAGCUGUAGAUGUAACAUUUGUUCGGUUGGCCAAAGCAUGGUUUUCUCGUAUGGUUGAGCCUACAUAG